AUGGAGUGGAGUGGUGGUGGUGGGGAUGGCGGUUCUGGAGAUGAUGGUGGUGGUGGCAAUGGCAGUGUGGUGUUGGUUGUGGAGGUGGUGGUGGAGGUAGAGGUGGAGGAGGAUGGUGGUGGUGGGGAGGAGGAGGAGGAGGAUGUGAUGGUGAUGGUAGUGGCAGUGAUGGUGGCGGCGGUUGUGGAGGUAGUGAAUGUGGUGGUGCAAGUGGUGGAGUUGGAUGUGGAAGUGGAGGUGGUGUCAUUUUUUAAAAUGAAUGAUGGUAUUUUGGGAAUUAAAAAAAUUCAUUAA